UGGUUGGGGCCUCGCUCGUUUUCCAUUUUGGGGCUUACAAAACACGGGCCGCAUUAGUGGCAUAUGCUGAUGGAUUUUCAUGAAGUUUCUUAAAAACCACACUGUGGAUUCCUGUAGAAAUGUAGAGAACUGGAAUAAUGAGAAACACAGUAAAACCGAAUCUGACAGAUCCGUCUGUCCUUAGGCCUGACAGUUUCCUAUGUGUAUUUCCUGAUCCAUUCCUCCAACUUUCUCUGUGUUCCUCCCCUUUGUUCUCAGGCUACCCUCCUCCCCCCAGAUUCUCUGUGUCCCCCAAACAAGACAUCUACAGAACUGGCGAACUGAUAAACUUCACGUGCUCCGCUCCUGACCACCGUAACAUAUCCGGAGUCACCUUUUUCAGUCACCAAUGGAUACUGUAUUUCCAGAAGCCUCCGCCCUCUGGGGGGGCAUUCACACAUCCCCUGCGCCUGUCUCCCCAAGACAGCGGCGAGUAUUCCUGUACCUACAAUGUUAUACAAUCGAGAGAGCAAUCACAGGGAAGCAACUCCAUCCAUAUUGCAGUGAUGGAUCCUCUUCCUCCUCCAGUACUGAAAAUGGACCCUCCGUCCAGAGUGGUGAACGAAGGAGACCCCUUGCUCCUCACUUGCUUGGCCAAAGGAGGCGGCGUGGAGAAAAGAUUCCAUUUCUUCAGGGAUGGUGUUCAGAUUAUCUCCGACAGCGGUGGGUCCCUGCGGUUCUCCAGAGAACAUGGGGGUGCCUCCGCAGGUGUGUCUGUCAACAUCCUGAAGGCUAAGCUCAACCACACCGGGGAAUUUGCCUGCAGGUAUGAGGAAAAAACGAGCAGGGGGUGGAUCGUCUCUCCGUGGAGUCAGAAGGUGUACCUCACAGUUUGGGCACCAAAUUCCUCUUCUCCACCCCUGCUAUAUGCAUGUUUGGCAAUUCCACUGGCGAUCCUGAUGGUCCCUCUUGCUUUUUACUGCACGAGAAGGAAUAGAGCGUUGAAAUCCGAACAGGAAAACAGGGAAGAAGCAAAUUCCGAGUACCUUGAAAUGUUCAGCGCCACAAGGAAGCCUCAGAGGACUCAGACGCCUUUUACUGCCUUGCCGCCCCCUGCUCUGCCUCAGCCCCCAAUAUCGCAAUCAUGGAUGGAGAGCGGAGCCAAACCAGGGGAAGACCAGGAGGAAGGUCUCUACAACAACAUUCCCCUUCAGGGCAAGAAGAGAGCAGAACAAUACAGAGAUUCUGAAGAAGAAUGAGCCAUCGGGGAGAUUAAAAUAUUCAGAUGGGGAUUUAUGACCAGGGAGAUGGGGUGGAAGGGGUCAGGGAAGAGGGCAGUGUUUUUCUCUGCAUACGGCUUGGCUCAACUUCUGCAGCACUUUCCUCAAGAGCAGGGGUCAGCAAACUUUUUCAGCAGGCGGCCGGUCCACUGUCCCUCAGACCUUGUGGGGGACCGGACUAUAUUUUGAAGGAAAAA